GUCGGAGCUUCAGGUUCAGCGCUUUAAUUUUUAAAAGCUCCGUUAUCCUUAUAUGAAGCUCUGUACUUACAGUGACAUACAAACCACUCUUAACUAUGAGGUUAAUAAAUGCCGAAACCUUCGAGCUAGAGGAAGUGUGGAGUGAAAACGAAAAAGCAUAUACAAUUCUCUCGCAUCGAUGGGAAGAUGGUCAGUUUCCAGGACAUGCAAAACCUCGCGUUGGCAUCCAAUAUGAAGGGGUUUGGCAAGAUUCGGAAGUCAUGCGAGCAAGCUGUAAGAGAUGGUUACAGCUAUGUGUGGGUGGAUACGUGCUGUAUAAACAAGGAAAGCAGUGCCGAGCUCAGCGAAGCUAUCAACUCAAUGUUUCGGUGGUAUAAAGCCUCAGCUGUAUGCUACGUGUUUCUCUCCGAUGUCCACACUAUUACGCUUAGUGGCGGUACAAUGAUGCCAGAGAUUGGAUCGAGCAGAUGGUUUACUCGUGGUUGGACUUUACAAGAACUUGUCGCUCCUCAACACGUCGUCUUUUACAGCCAACAGUGGGAGUUUUUGGGCACGAAGCAAACGCUAAGCAAGUUAUUGAGCUCGCAGACUCAUAUAGAUGAGGCUAUACUUAAUGGGGAGUCGCCAUCUAAUCGCACAAUUGCUCAACGCAUGUCAUGGGCAUCUCAUAGAGUCACAACCCGCGUCGAAGACACUGCCUACUGCCUGUUAGGAAUAUUUGACGUCUACAUGCCGAUGCUUUACGGCGAAGGAAAGAGGGCUUUCCUCCGCCUCCAAGAAGAAAUCAUCAAGCGAUCAGAUGACUACACCAUCUUUGCGUGGCCUAUACGUCUCGAUGACCAACCUGGGCUGUUGGCUGAUAGUCCAGCAGCCUUCGCCGAUUGUCAACAUAUUCGGUCUAUAACAACACGCAAAGUCAAUGCACCAUUCUCUAUAACGAAUCGUGGGCUGUCAAUCAAAUUAAUGGCGACCCCCUUUGCACUAGACACAUACGUUGUGGCGCUGAACUGUGUAAAUGGCCAGUUAGUAACAGACGGUAGCCCUGUUGGCAGUUACCGCCUUGGGAUAUUCCUUAGGAGACUAAAUGAAGACGAUCAGUAUGCACGAGUUAAUCAGAACGGCAAUACCUUUGUUCAACUGAAAGCCUUGGCCUGGGAUCAAGAAGUAUUAAAACAUCUGAACACCAAGCGACCAGCUCAAGAAAUUGAAAUUAAUGUACGGCAACAAGUUGCCGAAACCGAUAAAAAUGUCUACAAAGACCGCAUUAACGGCUUUCACAUUUUCAGCGAGUUCCUAGAACCACCCGCAGACGGAAGGGAUCAUUUCAGCAUCUCUGCGUUCAGCUGGCAUCCAGAGGAGCGAAUCGUGGUGGUUAUGAAGCCUGGGGAUUUCGGCACUAUGGGCUUCCUAGACUUCGGUGUCCAAGGUCGCAACUUCAAAUGCAUCAGGAUUGGGUUCGAUUUCGACCAUAACCCAGUUUGUUUUAUUGCCACGCAAAAGGGGUUUAAAGACACGCAUUUUCCACGUUUGACUGAUGUCCCCCAAUGGACGGACGAGGUUGCAGGAAUACAUAAGCGGACGCCUUUUGACAAAUUUGCCUGGAGUAAAGUAUUCAAUUGGCUUGCUCACGAAGUGGAACGUCACCCGGGUCUCUGGGCUAUAAAAGGGGAUCGCAUCCGUGGAGUUAAUGUGGAGAUUCAUAACCUUGUUUCUCUUCAAAUUAUACGAGGAGAGUUUCAGAACAAGUUAGUGUGGAAUCUGUAUCUUCGUGAUAUAGAGGUUACAGGGAAAGUUCGUCCAAAACCCUGACCUAUAGAAGGGUGAGAUUGCGUAGACUACCUAGUCUACUAGAAUUUUAGAAUCGUGAGCUUCUCGGCCUUUGGCUGGCCACUACGCAUGAACCACUUCAUUCAUUCGCAUGCCGCCAAUAUGGCCCUGCAGAGCCCUUGGACUUUAUAAAGGCACUGUACAAAAAAGCGUUAAUGGUGGCCUCUCAUGAGUAGAAGUGCGUUAACAAUAGCAACUUUAGUUAUAAACUUCAAGAACCCCC